GUUAAUUUUUUAAUCUUCUCAUGGACUUCGAAAUAGAUCAUUACUUGGAACAACGAAAUUCUUCAAGCGAUGAUAGCUUCUCCAUAGACGAAGAUAAUACUUCUAAUAAACACAAUAUAUAUCCUAGUUUACAACGAUUCAAAUCUCUUUUUCGACAUGAACAAAAAGUCAAACAACGAGAACCUACCAUGUCUUCAAAUUCUUGUUCACCAAAACCAAGUUUAGAUCCUCGACAAAGAAGAUAUUCACAACUACCUUUGACUCCACCAAAACCUGAAAUAUUAUCUACUCCUCAACCUCAAAUAAUAAAAAAAUUGACAAUAGAUAUAUGCAAAACGUAUAAAAAAUGUGAUCCUUCUUUUCGAUAUGAUCCAAAACAUAAUCCAAGAAGAGUUUUAACAAAACCUGGUACACCUUAUAGGAAUAAUGGAUUUGAUAAUCGCAAUUCUGAUUAUAUUCUUUAUGUCAAUGGAGGAUUAGGGGGAAAAUAUGUUGUAUUGGAAUUAUUGGGAUUUGGUACUUUUGGUCAAGUAGCAAAAUGUCGAAAUACAUUAACAGGUGAAAUUGUAGCUAUCAAGGUUAUCAAGAAUAAACCAGCCUAUUUUAGACAAAGUACUGUUGAAGUCGAAAUUCUCAAACUAUUGAAUCGAAAAUAUGAUCCAAAUGAUCAACAUCAUAUUUUAAGAUUAUUGGAACAUUUUAUGUAUAAACAUCAUCUUUGUCUUGUAUUUGAAUUACUCUCUGUCAACUUAUAUGAUCUCAUCAAACAAAACUCAUUCAAAGGAUUAUCAACAAAAUUGAUACGAUCAUUUACAGCCCAAUUAUUAGAUGCUUUGGUGAUAUUGAAAGAAGCAAAAAUUAUUCACUGUGAUUUAAAACCAGAAAAUAUAUUACUAAAAACUAUGGAAUCUCCUGUCAUUAAGGUGAUUGAUUUUGGUUCAGCUUGUCAAGAAACAAAUCAAAUGUACUCUUAUAUCCAAUCAAGAUUUUAUCGUUCUCCAGAAGUAUUACUUGGAUUGGAUUAUACCUCGGCUAUUGAUAUGUGGUCUUUUGGUUGUAUUGUAACUGAACUAUUUCUUGGUUUACCCUUAUUUCCUGGUACUUCUGAAUAUAAUCAACUAUCAAGAAUCAUCGAUACUUUUGGAUUACCACCAAAUCAUAUGAUAGAACAAGGAAAACAUGGUGGAAAAUACUUUAAUAUAUCAAGAGACACUAAUGGUCAAGUACAUUACACAUUCAAAUCAAGGAAAGUUUAUUCAGCAGAACAAAACAAACAUGAAAAACAAAGUAAGCAAUACUUCGGUACAAGUCAACUAGAUUCUCUUAUUUUGGAUUUCCCAUGGCCAAAAAAGGAAAUGAGUCAGUCUGCUAUUGAUCAUGAAUUAUCAAGUAGAGUACUUUUAUUAGAUUUUAUUAAACGUGUGAUGUGCUAUGACCCUGAUUUACGAAUGACACCUCAAGAAGCAUUACAACAUCCUUUUAUUUUACAUCAAUCAUUAUCACCAACACCAUCUGAACGUUUGAUAUCAUCAUCACCAUCACCGCCACUAUCAAUCAAAAGUGAUACUAGUCAUUCUCCCAAUGAUAUGGAAUGUAUAUGCAGUGUAUCCAAACAAUUCAACAACCACUGUCCCAACCUUUAGAAUGAUAUGUCUUCGGUGAAUCAAAUAAAAUAUAUUCUCUAUAGAGCACGGACCUUGGAACCAAUCAUUCUCCACUUACCUACCUUGGAUUUCCCUUUUUGUACACAGGAUUAUACAAUUUAUUUUUAUCUCUUG